AUGAGUUCUGAACACCCGAUCAUCGUCGGCAACCCCGUAAACGGCAGCGCCACAGCCGUAGCGGCGGCAGCCACGCCAGCUGUCAACGGCCAUGCCACGCACGCACCACUGGCUGUUUCGCGGUCCGGCGCAAACGUAGGUGGUAGCAGCAGCAGCAGCAGCAGCGCCAACUCGAACAUUGGCACGUACGGCGUCAAGAGCGGUCUGGCGCAGAUGCUCAAGGGGGGUGUGAUCAUGGAUGUGAUCAAUGCAGAGCAGGCGCGGAUUGCAGAGGAGGCAGGUGCAUGUGCCGUCAUGGCUCUCGAGCGUGUGCCGGCAGACAUCCGUGCGGAUGGCGGUGUGGCGCGCAUGUCCGACCCGGCGAUGAUCAAGGAGAUCAUCGAAGCCGUGUCCAUCCCCGUCAUGGCCAAGUGCCGUAUCGGUCACAUUGUCGAGGCACAGAUCCUCCAGGCGGUCAACGUGGACUACAUUGACGAGUCGGAGGUGCUGACCCCUGCGGACAACUACCACCACAUUAACAAGCACAACUUCAAGGUGCCAUUUGUUUGCGGUUGCAAGAAUCUCGGCGAGGCCCUGCGCCGUAUCAGCGAGGGUGCCGCGAUGAUUCGAACAAAGGGCGAGGCAGGGACAGGUAACGUUGUCGAGGCAGUCUACCACCAGCGAACACUGCAAGCAGAGAUCAAGCGUGCGGCGAGCAUGAGCGAUGAGGAGCUGUACGCCUACGCCAAGGAGAUCAGUGCGCCGUACCACCUGCUCAAGGAGACCGCUCGACUCAAGCGGCUUCCGACUGUCAACUUUGCCGCUGGUGGCGUUGCCACGCCUGCAGACGCUGCGCUCAUGAUGCAGCUCGGCAGUGAUGGUGUGUUUGUCGGGUCUGGGGUGUUCAAGGGAGAGCGACCAAAGGAGCGCGCCGUCGCGAUCGUCCAGGCUGUCGCGCACUACGACAACCCGGAGAAGCUGGCGGAGAUCUCGACGAACAUUGGCGAGGCAAUGACUGGGAUCAACAUCACGCCGAGCAUGCCCGGCGGACACAUGUCCAAGCGCGGCUGGUAGACGCACUUUGCGAUACCCUUGCACAGAAGGCUCUUCUUUCGUCCCUUGUAGUCCACGCGCGUUAGCUCAGGAGUGCACAUGUCACGGGCAAUAACCAUGUUUGAC